AUGGCUGUCAUUUAUUUAGACGGAAAUUCAGAAUCAACAUCUACUUCAUUACUUAUAUUUACUACUACUAAAACAUUACCAAUGACAACUACAACGAUUUCAGAUGAAGAUACAACAGUAUGGGAACAAACAACAAUUUCUACAAAUGUUCUUACAUCAAGAAUGGUCACCGUUUUAAAAGCUAAACCUACAACUACAUCAUCAACUGAACUACCUAAACCUACUGAAACAGAACCAUUACCAACGGAAACUACUGAAUCAAUUGAAGAACCAUCUUCUACAUCAUUUACGAUCCAAUCAACAUCAGAUUUACCUACAAAUUAUAAUUUUGGAAAUAUUUCAGGAACAACAUCAUCAAAUGGAUUACAAGUCGGUGUGGCAGUAGGUAUUCCAAUAGCAAUAUUCGUUAUAAUUUUUAUAUGCUUGGGUGUUUGGUAUUUCAUUAGGUUUAAGAAAGGUAAGAAUAUAAUCACUGCUAAUUCUCAUGAUGAAGAAACUACAUUAUCAGAAAAACCAUAUCCAAUUGUAUUUUCACCUGGGGCAUACAUGAAAGAACCAUAUAAACAACAAGCACCACCACCACCAGAACCACAAACAAAAUUGAAUAGAUUGAGUCAAAUGUUUAAUUUUCCAAUUAGAGGUAAUUAUCGAAUGUCAGUAAUUACUCCAGUUUUAUUAAAGAAAUUCAAUUUAGGUAAAAAAGAUGAUGAAGAUACUGUUAAAGCACAACUGAUUCCAAAAGUUGAACCUCCAUUACCUUCGUUCAAAUUACCUCCUGUUGCUGGUUCUGAAUUAUCCACUAGUUCAUAUUAUGAACAAAGUAUAUAUACUGUGAUUAAAUCAUAUACAAGAAGGUUAGGUGAUGAAUUAAGUAUUAAUUUACAUGAUAAAUGUAUUAUAUUGGAGAAACAUUCUGAUGGAUGGUGUAAAAUUCGAAUGAUUUAUGAUUAUAAAGAAGGUUUAGUUCCAAAAAUGUGUUUACAAAAAAUUGAAUAG